AUUUAUUAGGAAAUUCUGCAUCAAAGUUUCGGAUUAGUUUCUAGUUUGAUUUGCACAUUUGCUUAUCAAAACAGUGAGAACUAGUAUUUGAACAGGUGUUAGUUUGUUAUCAAAUUCCGAACUUAAUUAAUUUUCAUACAUGAACUAUGGAUAAUUCCACAGCAAUGAAUGGAGCCAUGACUUUGCUGGACUCUUAUGAGGACAAAAUAGCGCUAAUCAUUAUAUGGACAGCGUUAGUUGUUGUUGGAGAUUUGGGGAAUACUUUAACCAUAUAUAUUAUAUGCAGAUUCACAGUGAAAUCGGCGACCAUUAUUUACAUCUUGAGUCUGGCGAUUGCAGACCUCACUUUCUUAACUGUAGUCGUGCCUUUGACCCUGGCUUCCAUCACGAGCAAUGUUCCAACGUUGUUUGAAGACGCUGGACGCCCUUUUGUCGAAUUUUUGCAGGAUACAACAGUCCAUGUGACGUGUUGGACGUUGAUGGCAAUGACCAUUGACAGAUACCUGGCGAUUGUGUAUCCAGUGAAGUCACUGAAUUGGAGGACAACGAAAACAUCGGUUCUUGUCUUCACUGGAGUCUGGAUUGUGUCUGUUGUUUUGUCGAUGCCACCUGCACUCUCCUAUAACUCGGAUUUAUCAAAAGCAACGGUCGUGGGAAUCGUUUUGACUUCAUUCGGGAUUCCUCUGCUUGUCAUCAUAGCUUGUUAUGCGAAAAUCCUCGUUGUUUUACAUAGAAGAAACAAGGAGAUGCUUCAAAAGACAGAGGGAACACCACCAAUGAAGAAAACUAGGAGAACGGCAAAGAUGGUGGCUGUUUUAAUUCUCCUGUUUGCCUUUUCUUGGGGUCCGAUACAAGUUCUAGUCAUGUGGUGGACCUUAGAUCCCAAUUUUACAUUUUCUGCGCAGUUACUUAAAUUUAAAAUAUUUGCGAGUACUUUAUCAUAUGCUAAUUCUUGCAUAAAUCCUUUUGUGUAUGCGUUCAUGAACAAGAAGAUCAGAAAAGCAUUUGAAACUAAAUUAAAGGUCAGACAUGGUCGUGUUUAGAAUUUGUCCAGCACUGCACUGUACUAGUAACUGCUAAAAGGUAUCUUUUCGUUUUUAAUCUUUAAGCACAAAUGAAUUUUUUCGCAAAGACAACUCUAGUUUCGGAAUGGCCACUCGUCAUAUAAAAUUGCUGAAGUCUU